AUGCACCUCCCACAAGCGAUACGCUACCAUCUCGCCUCUCGCAGUAGGUCUCCAGAAGAUGGACAAAGAGCCAAUCGAUCUUCGCGACAGGGCUGCCCGUUUGGCUGCUUCGACUGCAUCGCUGGGCAGAGAUUGCAUGUGUGGUGCCCCAUGGCCGUUCUGAUCUGCCUCUCCGUGGUCUGCAUUGGCAUGUUUGAGGCCAUGAGGCUUUCAACCCACGUUCUUAGCAGCCCCUGCACCAUCGUCAGAACAGAGAUGACCGACGUGGGCACCUGCACUCUCUGCGACAACCUCGUGCCUUCAACAUGUCAGAUACAUCCGAUCACGAGCGCACGGCUCUUUGUGACCUUCAAGCACCGUCACCUGGGCGAGAACAUCACAGGGUCCUCGCAGACUUACGAGCGUCGUAAGGCUUCAAACCUGCUCAGCUCCAUGGGUCUGAUGUCCUUUCCGUACUGCGGCAGAACCCUGCCCAACUGGGGCCGUGGAUGCGAAGGAGACAUGUUCAGAUGCGAGGGGGCGAGCCAAGUCUAUUUCUUGCUGGAGGUUCACCUCAGCUCCCUGGCCUGCGCCGAGCCUUUAUCGCCAGAGGAGGUGGACAGAGGAGCGGAGUCCGCCAUGGAAUCACAGCUCCAUGAACCGGGGUUCUCGACUGGCAUGACUUGCGCAGAGUUGAUGUCCUCCCGGAACACAACGCUGAAAGAAAUUUGCCAUGCCGAUUGCGACAGGACAGCGUUGCAUUGCCAGUUUGGAACUGCUGUUGCAAAAGAAGCCUGCGAGCUCUUCCUGGAUGAUGAUGCAGAGUCACCGAAAAGUCCAAGCGCGACCCUUGCGCAGUUCUUGAACAGCGCAUGGCGGUCAGUCAAGGAGAUGCCUAGUGGCUAUGGCAGCGGUUUGACGCUGCCACCCACUACCACGAUAAGCCACGGCCUCCAGGCCGGCUUCCUCGAGGAGCCUUCUGUCCCGGCAGAAGUGGAAGUCGGCGCCGAAGAGAUGCACCCAGCGGAGGACCUUGUGGAUGAGGCCGUGCUGGUCACAGAGAACGAUGUGAUUGAUUUCGAUGGCUUCGGUUUCGGCGUUUCCAGCACAGUGCGCGAGGAGGCCGAGGACAUCGUUGUAGAUGAUGCCCUGGCGGUGGAUGAGGAGCCUGACAUCGAGGAUCAGGUCGAUUGCUGGCUGGUGGGAGAAUGCGGGCCAGAGUUCUUGGCCUUGCCUUUGCAUGCCUGGCAGUUCACCGCUCUGGCUCUGGCCACCGAGCACCUCCAGUCAAUCGAGUCGGAGCUCCAGGCACACCGAGAUCUCGUUGCCCGAGAAGCGGAGGCCAGACGUCGCCUUGAAGAUGCUCUGGCCGCGGAGCGGCGGCGCGCCGAGACCGAAGCGCAGGGCGCCGCCCGCGGAGCCCCGCGUGGCAUCGCCGAGCCCGCAAACAGCGGGCACAGGCACGCCGUCGUCUCCAUCGUGGACGCGGACAACCGGGAGAUCGGGCCCUACUUCAGGUCCACCACGGAAGCAUGCCCCCGAAAAAGGGAGCCAACGAUCAACCCUCCACCAAAGGUCACGCGUGUCGAUUUUGGUUUGCCGUCUUCCAUGGUCCAGACGUUGCAAUCAAUUUCAUCGAGGGCAACACAGGACCUUUGGGGACAAGGAUCCUUUACGACAGAUGGUGCAACAGUGGAACAGUUGGCACAGCGAACAGCCAACACCCUGGGCCGCCUUUCCAAAAGACUCAAUGGCAACAUGCGCGCCAAGAAGGACCUACAAGAUGCGCUGACAGCCUGGGUUUCUAUGCUCAGCCAACAUUUGUUGGGCCUGACGCAUCGUGUGGAUGCCCUGUCUCGCAAGGUGGACGAGGACACAAUCGCUGCAGCCGAGGAGCUCCGUCAUGUCUCGGCGGCACAACCGUCGGCAACCACCAACGAGCAGCUGGCGAGAGCGGAACAGUCCUUGGGUCCUGUCUGGACGGAUCCGCAGGUGCAGGAGGUACACCGGCUUGCUGCUGCCCUCAAGGCGUUUGCUACUACGAACCCUUCAUCGCUGGACAUGCAUCCUGGCCCUGGGGGCUCUGUGCCUCUUGUGCCACGUGGCACCCUUGGGGCCCACCUGCAGCCGGCCACUGCUAUGUCGGCAACUCUGAUGUCACCGGUCCCGCUUGGCCCACCUGCAGCACAUCCUGGUGGUUUUGGGAGCGGUGGAUCGGAGGCCAGCUUCGGGACCCCAGAACGCUCGACAGGCGUCGGCGAGUCGGAGGCGCGCGGUGGCAGAUGGCGCAAACGCAGUGGUGGCGGCGUCGAGCGGCCAUCCAAGAGCCCCCGGCGCGAUCUGCCAGGGCCUCCAUGGCCGCGGGAAUCUACAGGCCGUACACCGGAGGCACCUCCGCGAGCUCCGGUCACUGUGGUGGCAGACGAAGGCCCCGAGCUCCUCCCUGGGGCGUUGGCUGCAUCUGCUGGUCCAUGGGUGGAGGCUUGGAUGGCCAUGCUCCGUUUCUGUGUCGACAGUGGCUCCGACAUGGUGGGCGAUGUGGCACAGUGCCCUCAGCAAGACGCCUGCCUGCCGCUCACUUUGGAUGCACAAGCACAGGAUGCGACUCUGCAAACUGCGGAGUCCACGUGGACGGCCCUGGUGAAUGCAGUCAGCGACCCCACCCAGGCGGAUCUGCAGGAGCUACAUCGACUCCUGCAAACGGCUUUGCACUGCUUGCGGAAGUGUACGGACGUCUUGCCGCGGGUCCGGCAAGGACUUCUGGUUGCCAGCUUGCUGACCACAGGAGGCCUGCUGGAUCCCUUCUCAUUUGCACCCUCUACGGCUCAGGAAUGGCUGUUCCCCAGCCUCUUGCUGGAGGCCGAGGUGCAAUUGCGCGGCUUCGUCGCCCGGGAUGCCUCACAGGACCCACGUGUUCAGGUCCUACUGCGUCUGCCUUCCCCGUUCCUUGGUGCAGCGCUGGCCGAGGAACUGGACAAAGAACUCGAGUGA